AUGCGUUUAUCACGGUUACGCGCCGCUGGGCGCAGGCGGCUGGCCAGGCUGGGGCUCGCCGGGUCCCGCCCGCCCCGCGCCCUCGCCCUGCGAGCCCGGGACGCCCGCGUGGAUCCCCUGGUUCUCAAGUUCGACGCCCUCGAACACUGGAGCCCCGGGACGGGGCUCUGGGUGGGCGGGGCCCUCGGGCGGGGCCUUCUCGAAGUGGCCCGAGGGCGCGGCCGCCUGGACCCGCCAGGCGCCCUGCGCGGACCAGACAGGACCUCGAGCAGGUGGUUUCACCCUAACAUCAGUGGAGUUGAGGCAGAGAAGCUGCUCCUGUCCAGGGGCCAGCACGGGAGCUUCCUGGUGAGACCCAGCAAGAGCUGCCCGGGGAGCUUCACGCUGUCCGUCAGGCGCCACAAUGAGGUGGCCCACAUCAAUGUCCAGAACACGGGCGACUACUACGAUCUCUACGGAGGGGAGAAGUUCGCCACGCUGGCCAAGCUGGUGCACCACUACACAGGCCAGCGUGGGGGGCUGCUCCGUGAGUGCAGCGGGGCCCCCGUAGCGCUCCAGCAGCCACUGGGCUACCAGGACCCUGUCUCUGAGUGGGCUCCCCCUCAACCCCCACCACCCUGGGUCAGGUGGUACCAUGGACACCUGUCUGGCAAGGAGGCUGAGCAGCUGCUGAUGGAAAAAGGGCGUCUGGGCACCUUCCUGGUGCGGGAAAGUCGGAGCCAUCCUGGGGACUUCGUGCUCUCCGUGCUCACACCGAGGCCUGAGAAGGCCGACCUCCAGCCGCGGGUCACACACGUCAUGAUCCACUUCCAGAUGGGAAGUAUGACGUGGGAGGUGGGGUCCAGUUCGACUCCCUCACUGACCUGGUGGAGCACUGCAGGAAGAACCCCAUGGUGGAGAAGUCGGGGACGGUGGUGCAGCUCAAGCAGCCCCUCAAAGCCACGAGGAUCAACGCCGCAAGCAUCGAGAGCCGAGUGCAAGAGCUCAGCGGACCCACUGAUGCCAGCGGGAAGGCCAAGCAGGGCUUCUGGGAAGAAUUUGAGAUGCUGCAGCAGCAGGGAUGUCGGCUCCUGUACCCCCGGAAGGAGGGGCAGAGGCUGGAGAACUUGCCCAAGAAUCGCUACAAGAACAUCCUUCCCUGUGAGGGCCAGGCAGGGGCCAUGCCGGGGAGACAGGGCUCUGUCCCGUGCGGGGCCCAUCUGGCAAGCAGGGGCCCCAGGGAGGUGGAGGCAGGGGGUUGUGCCCCUCCACUGGUGUGACUUUUCCUUUUCGCUUUCAGGGCCCCUUCCGCCCUCAUCUCGCUCACCCCGGGGUCCACAGGCAAAGAGGUGGGUGAGGUCGCUUCUUCCCUCCAUCUCCCCUGGAGACCUGAGCAGCAGCUUUCCCUUCCCAGUUGAUACCACCUGCGUCACUCUGCGUGAUGUGGACGACACUGUGCCCGGAGCCGACUACAUCAACGCCAACUCCGUCAGGAGCGAUCCGGAGAAGACAGGUCACGGACCGGGCAAGGUGUACAUCGCCACCCAGGGCUGUCUGCAAAGCACAGUAGCUGCCUUCUGGGCGAUGGUGCACCAGGAGAACACGCGGGUCAUUGUCAUGGCCACGAGGGAGGUGGAGCGAGGCAGGAGUACCAAGCCCAGGGCUACUGCGUGCGGGAACUGCAGGUGUGGCGGCCAGAUCAGGAGGAGCCGCGGCGCUCAGUGAAGCACUACCAGUACUUCAGCUGGCCAGACCACGGGGUCCCCACCGAGCCCUCGGGCGUCCUCGGCUUCCUGGAUGAGGUGAACA